AGCACCGACGUUGCUCAAGAACACGAACCCUGGUCACUUCACGCCCUGAAUUGCGCACCAAAUUCUUGGCUUGAUUGAACGCAUGCACAGGUUGGCCAUGUGCUUUGUUAUUGUUGUCGUCGUUGUUGUUGUCGUUGCUGUUGUUGUCGGGAUGGAAUUACUGCUGUGUUCAGGUGAAGUCGGUUUGUGAUUCACACACGCAUCAGAUAUACUGCCCGUCUUCCCUGCGUAGGUACCACCGACAGUGGGAAAGAACCCCCCAGCCCCGGAUGCCAACUACGACCAGGCAGGCGCGCAGAGACGCAACCAAGCCCCUGCCUUCUUGGCUUGCGGCACCUCCAGAGAGCCAAGAACUCUCCAUUUCUUUCUUACCCACGCCAUCCGCCAUCCGCCAUCCGCCUCGUCCAAGGCAGACUAGCAAUUGCCAUCUUCAUCUUCCCCCGUCAUCCGUUCCGUCCGGUCGGGACUACACCAUCUUCUACGACAGCACGCAGCCGGUUCCCUCUCAGGCACCGGCCCUGCACGCGCCCGUCGCCACUGAGUGGUUCGAGACGAUGGCUUGCCGCUCUUCUGAGCUGCAGCAGGCAGGGAUCCGGUCAAGACAGGGAAUAGCCGAGGGGGGAGAGUGGAGGUCCCAGAGAUCUGAUCGACAACACGACCAGCCCGCCACUACACGGCCGAAAGUCAAUUCACCGGCCCGAUGGACGAUACCAUGGCCCUGGUUGCACAUCGACACUACCUACAGUCGUAUGCCCGCAGGCAGCGUGGCGGUUCUCUAGCGGUCGGUCCAGGCCAGUCCAUGACUUUUUUAGCCCAGGUCUGAAUCUGGUCGGCCAACGUUUGUCACCGCAAGAGCCUCCAUCAAACGCCAUCCCUACAGUAGGCCCAGGGUCUUCGAUUGUCGAUCAACACCCUUACCCAGAGGCCGGCCGCUGCCUCUGUGGAUCGGAAGCACAAGCCACCAAGACUAGAUGACACAAUCUUGAAGGCUCUCGUGUCCACACCUUGAGCUUCAAAACUUGGAGGAGACGUCCGGCCCAUCCAUCUCGUCGAUCCCUUCCCGCUUCUCGAUACCUCCCCACUCACCUGCCACUCACCCACCUAAUUGUUCUAACUAAGGUGCCCGGGGACCAAGCCUCCCGUGGCACUAAUGUCCGAUUGGAGGGGCGAUGUCCUUAGUCGGGGCUUGCUUGGGUUGUUCGUCAGGUCCCUCGGGCGACAUUCCCAGUGCUAGUCAACAAUGGGGUUUGGUUGCCUCCAACAGGCUUUCUGAAGCGGACUUUCCCUUGCAUCACCCUCCUGCACCACCCCGAUAUCCAUCGGAGGCAGUGAUUUGUCCCGCAGCC